UGUUAUGUGGACUAUACGUAGCCGCGUCCUUUUGAGUCUUGCGCUCAGUCAGCGUUUAGCUGUCACGGCUUCGCUUUAAGAGAGAUUCCGUUUCAUCGUUUUUCAUCUUCCCCGCGAUAGUGUAAACAAAUCCGCGUUGCACGUUACGCGACAAACGCGUACUUUAGCGACGCGACAUUUCUAUAUCUCGCAUCUCGGUGUGAUUCGAUUAUCUCGUUUAUAUCCUCGCGUGUUUGUUCGCGUCUCGUCGCUCGCGAUUUUCAUUGAGAACAAACGUCUCUGCAUGGAUAUCAGACACGGUUCGGAGCAGUGACACUACGGGUUUCGUUUUUUUUUUCUUAUAUCAGUCGGUUUACGGUACAUACGCAUGAAUACCAUCCGGAGAGGACUUGAUUACAUAAAUUCCAAAGAACUCGGUGGUGGUAAUGCGUCGAGCUGAGAGAAUCAGUGUUAUGGAACUGCAGGAUUGUUAAUUAACGGUUCUUCUUUCGGAGCCGAAUCGGAGAUCGCGCAUCACGACCAAGAUGAAGCGAUGGAUUGUGUACACGGUGACGCUGCACAUCGUCGCUGCCAUCGCUCGGGCUACCGAAGAUUUUCGGCACAUCUCGUACGAGGAUUUAGCGGAUACCAGCAUGUUUCGACAAGAAGGAGUCACAACUUAUUCUCAGCUGCUCUUCGACGUGGCGCGGCAGCAAGUCGUCGUUGGAGCGCGAGAUAACUUGUACCGCUUGACUCUGACGUCGCUCACGGACCUGGAGCACGCUUUGUGGCUCGCGCCGGAGGACAAGGUCAACACCUGUCAGAAUAAAGGCCAGAGCGUGGAGGACUGUCAUAAUUACAUCAAGGUGCUCCUUAGCAACGGCAAGAGUCUCUUCACCUGCGGCACUUACGCUUUCAGCCCAUGGUGCACGUGGCGAGAGAUUGAGAAUAUAACGAGCGUGACCAACGAGAUGUCGGGCGUCGCCAUGUGCCCGUAUUCGCCUCAUGCGAAUGUCACGGCGCUUCUCUCGAGGGGUUCGUUGGGACUGUUUGCCGGCACACCGACCGACUUCUCCGGAGCCGAUCCUGCAAUCUAUAGAACACUGGCCCCCCCGAGCCUACGAACUCAACAAUACGAUUCCAAGUGGCUGAACGAUCCGCAGUUUGUCGGCAGCUUCGAGACCGAGGAUUACGUGUACUUUCUAUUUCGCGAAUCCGCCGUGGAGUACAUCAACUGCGGCAAGAAAGUGUACUCGAGGAUAGCGAGGGUCUGCAAAAACGAUCGUGGCGGAAUUGCCAAGUGGUUGAAAGACGUAUGGUCGACCUUCAGCAAAGCCCGUCUGAAUUGCUCCCUUCCUGGCGAGUUUCCAUUCUAUUACGACGAGAUCCAAGGCGCGGCGUAUCAUCCGGAAGAGGGAAUAGUCUACGCGACCUUUACCACUCCUAUUAACGGCAUUGCGGGGUCGGCGAUCUGCGCGUUCAACAUGUCGGCGAUAGCCGCGAGUUUUGACGGGCCUUUCAAGCAUCGGGAACACGCGGGCGCCGCCUGGGAAAGGAAGCAGAUCGCGCCUCACAAACGACAACGUUGCGAUCAGCUGACCACGCCGUCAAGCGACUCGUUGCAUCCGCCUAUACCCACGGAAAAUCAGCGUUAUCAAUUGAUGGACGAGGCGGUCCAGAGCACGAUGCUGGAACCGCUGCACACCGCGACCCUCGAGCGAUUCACUCACAUCGCGGUGGACGUGACUCCAACCAAGCUGCACCGCGCCGUCACGGUUCUUUACGUAGCUACGGCGGCCGGACUGAUCAAGAAGAUCUCCGUUCUGCCCAGAACGCAGGAAACCUGCAUCGUCGAGGUUUGGGGACCUUUGCCCUCGCCACCGAUGACUUUGCAGUUUCUCAAGGAUACGCAGAGCCUCUACGUCGGCAUGGAGAUCGGCCUCCUACGCAUACCCGCAGUACAGUGUCAUCGUCAUCGGAGCCGUCAAGCGUGUCUGAACGCCCAGGAGCCGUAUUGCGGCUGGGACGAGCAUCUUAUGAAGUGCGCACAGGCGCCGAAGCAGAAUUACUUGGCAAAUCAUUGGUAUCAGGAGGUCACCAAGUGUCCGGUGCUUACCGAUCCCGUAGACGGAGGCUGGAGCGCGUGGAGUCCUUGGUCAACCUGUCAACACGACACGGCGGAACACUCCUCCGGGAACGGCCACUCUCACUCGCAUUCGCACAACGAAAACACGGAGAAAAUUGACACGUGUCAGUGCAAAACCAGAGAGUGCAACAAUCCGCCGCCGCAACACGGCGGCGAGAAUUGCACGGGUGCGCGUGUCAGGGUAACAAAUUGCACUGUUCACGGCGGUUGGACCGCUUGGUCAGCUUGGUCGGCGUGCUCGCAAACUUGCGGUCUCGCGAUGAAAAUCCGCCGGCGUAGCUGCACGAAUCCGGCUCCCGCGUUCGGCGGACGCGUCUGCGUCGGUCACGACCAGGACAAUAUCGUCUGCCUCAAUCUGCCGCCGUGUCCCGCCAAAACCACUCCGCCGCCUCUGAGCGGUCAGUGGUCGCUCUGGGGUCCCUGGAGCUCAUGUUCGCAGCCGUGUAACGCAGGAAUACGCACUAGAAGGAGAAUCUGUGAAAACCCAUUGUCGACAAAGAGCGUCGUCGAAUGUCCCGGAUGCGAUUAUCAGGUCGAGCACUGCAACGUUCACCCGUGCCCCGAAACGAAACGAUAUUCGGGAUGGACUCAGUGGUUGGCUGCGAACUCCAGCUGGCAAAGCAACGGCGGUUACGUGGAGAAACGUUUUCGGUUCAGCUGUCGCGCGCAAACAAACGAUCCUGCGAGCGUGCGUGUGCAGCUCGCCAAGGAAGAGGAACGUUAUUGCAGAAACGACGGAUCCUGUCUGAGAGGAAGGGAUGCAGAAUCUACCAACGAGAGCGGUUGGGGCGAAUGGUCCUCUUGGGGUCCAUGCGACCGACCAUGCGGACAGGGCACCCAACACAGAAUGAGACAAUGCGAGUCGCCACCGUGCGAAAGUGGUGUUGCUACGCAGAGCAGACUUUGUAACUUACAUUCGUGCCGUGGGAAUUCCAACGGCGUGAAUACAUCGGAAGGUCAGUGGUCAUGCUGGACGGACUGGUCCGACUGUUCGGUGACCUGUGGUAUCGGUGUGCGUACUAGGACGAGAGAAUGUCUAGAUCCGGAAAGUUGCAACGGUCCCAGAUUGGUCAGAGAGACCUGCGAGAUGCCCAGCUGCGAGUCGCUGGCUGGUUGGGAUACGUGGUCGCAUUGGACCGCCUGCGAUGGCGACCGUCAACAGCACCGAAAUCGAACGUGCUUGCUGAACAGGUCUGGCAUGUGUCAAGGGCCGACUCGUGAGACACGCGACUGUCUUUCAGAUUGUAUGGACAACGAUGUGAAUGCCUUGCCUUCGAGCGGCGAGGGUUCGAGAAUCACAAUGGGCGCGAUGGUGGGCAGCUGUGUGGUCAGUUUUCUCAUCGGUCUGACCAUAACCGUAGCAUUUUACUUCUGCUACAUGAAACGACGCAAGCCGCGCAUACCAGGAAACCCACAUUAUAUCAGUAAACAGAAUCCUUACGUCACCGUGCCGUUAAAAGAGGUAAGUCACUCGGCAAGGCGUUCACUCGACGCGCUCACGCACGUCCUAGACCUGAAUAUUUCAAAGAGGCCGGCGAUUCGGCAGGUGAACGCGAAGCGACAGUCCAGUUUUUCCGGCAGCACCAAUGGCACCGGAACUCUGCGAAGCAAGACCAAUCCUAAUGUCAACGGUCUCGGUAGUCCGAAGUUGUAUCCGAAGAGUCUCGAUUACGAAUCAGCUACUCUGAAACGUAACAGUCACGGACAACAGCAACACAUCCGUGCCGAUCUUGAUCAGGACAAGUACUACUGAACUAUCAUCGCAUCGUCGUCAUUCAGUGAAUUUGUUAGGUGUUCUAGUUGUUACAAUCACGUGUGAUUUUCAAGUGAGACCGAAACGAUUUUUUUGUGCAGCUGUAUGUAAAACUUUACUACUUGACGAAUGUCGAUCGCCGUUGAAGUAAAACACAUGUGAAGACUCAGGAACGUGCUUUCGCUCACGGGAGAUAACAAGUGUUUUGCGCGAAAAUACGUACAACGUAUAAUUGUUGCGAAGUGAAAAAGAGUUUCUACUUAAUUAAUUUAAGACGACAACGCGGAUUUACGAAAAGGCACGUGCGUUCGAUCGCAACAGCGCCUAUCGAGUGUAAGAUGCACGUUCUUCGAAACGCGUUUGAGAGAGUUAUUUAAUACGCUAUUAACACCGCAACUUUUUUAUUAGAUCGUCGUGUUGCUCAAUGUCAAACAAGAUGUCAAAGUAGAUGUUGACGGAGGUAUGUUGCGGUGGGGACACGGCGAUGUGUUUAUUUUCGAAUUGACGUGUUGUUUUAAAUUACGAGCGAACGUGUAAAUCUGCGAGUAACGCUUUAACGUUGACGUAUUUCUUCACCGGUUACUCAGUGCAGGAAAAAGAAAGAGUCUUUUUCAUUAUUUUGCGAGGAAGAGACAUUAUAAAAAUUUUAUUUUUGUGUUUAUGUAUAUAAAGAGAGAAAAAUGGGAAAAUGUACGAAUAUAAAGGAAAUCGAGAAUGUUUAUCCCGCUCAUAACUCUUGGGCAUUUGAUUUGUUUUUUUACUUAUUUGUAAAAAAAUAUAAUAUAACAUUGUGAAACUUUCAUAUACUUUAUAUAUGAAAGUUUCACAAUAUUUCACCGCACAACUGAAUUUUUCACACACAUGUAGGUCAUAUGUUUUUAUAUAUAUAUAUAUUAUGUAUUUGUAAAUUUAUUUUUUGUUUGUUUGUGUGCAAAGGUAGCAAGAGAGGAAGCGAAUGGCAAUAAUUAUUAAAACGCUCGGUCAACCGAGAACGGACAGAUUGGAUAGCGUUGUACAAAAUAUUAAAAUGUGUGUUACGGAUAUAUGUUUCUCUCUCUUGCGGAGAAACUUUAUCUCCUUCCUCGUUUUUAACUCAUAGUGUCCAAUUAUACGUAUUAUGCUAAGUGACAUAGUAGUGCCAUAAGAUAACGAAUUUGUACAGACAUAAAAAAAUUGUCUUCUUAUACGGAAGCUUUACGACAUAACGGAGACAUAUAUUAUAUUGCAUAUAUUAUAUAGUAGAUGUGUAACGAUAAAGACACACAUGUAUAUUGCGCGACGAUUGCGUUUUAUAUUGGCUCACAUUGAGUCGCGCCUGCGAAUCAUGUACGUAUGCAACCACUACUUUUUGCUUUCCCGCUUGCCGUGUAUCUGUAAUGUUUUUGUUCCAAAAAGUCCUUCUCAACGUACUCAUCCUGUGCCAAUGAAACACGAUAGUAGUUUCAGAGGCAAAUAUGAAUGUAACAUUUUUGUUCGGAACUUUUUAGUUUUGGAACUUUUGAGGUGUUUCAGAAAGUUUCACCAAUGUCUUCCAAACUAUGCAACAUUCAGUGAUAAACCGAAAAGUUUAAUCGCUUUUGUUUUUGCAUAUAUGAAUUUAUGUACCUUUAUAAAAGAAAAGAGAAUGUAAAAUGUCAUAUAUGUAAAAAAAAAAAAAAAACGCAUGUGACAUCGCGACGCUGUGAAUAGAACGAAGUAUCAAUGUUAAGGUUGCGUACAUUGCAAGUAAAAAACUCUUGUACCAGAUGCAUUUAUUUCUCCGCACUUGUUUGAAAUACAAACAUUUUUUUAUUGUC